AUGCGGCUCUGGGUGCUCCUCGCGCUGCUGCUGCUGCCCGCCACGCUGCCGCACGCUACUGGACAAUAUGCAAAGAGUAAGCGCCCAAAAGAACCGGGGGAAAACAGAAUCAAGCCUAUCAGCAAAAAAGUAAAGCCCAAAAGCCCCAGAAUGAAGGAGAGAGAACCUGCUGACACCUCUUCAAAAUCCCAGUCCAUCCUGACGCAGGUGAUGGACAAGGGCCGUUUCCAGAAACUUGCUGCGACUCUCAGCCUGUCUGCAGGACAAAGCAUCGAGCUGCGAUGUAAGGGCAGCAAUGUGAGCUGGAGCUAUCCCUCCUACCUAGACACCUUUAAGGACUCCAGACUCAGUAUAAAGCAGCUUGACAGGUAUGGGCAGCUGGUCCUUACAAACUCCACGGCAGCAGACACGGGUGAAUAUAGCUGCUGGCUUCAGCUGUGCAAUGGCAACAAGUGCAGGAAGGACGAGACUAAAAUGGGUUCCACAUACAUCUUUUUCUCAGAUAAAGGAGAACUUUUUGUACCUACUCCCAGUUAUUUUGAGAUUGUCUACCUGAACCCAGAUAAACCUGCAGUCAUCCCAUGCCGUGUUACUACUCCUUCAGCAAAAGUAACUCUGCACAGGGAAUUUCCAGCAGAAGAAAUUGAAACAGAUGGAACUAAUAUUAUUUAUGAUGUGAAGAAGGGUUUUGUUUACCAGCACCCUACUUAUGAUCAUAAAGGUAUUGUCUACUGCAAAGCAGAGUCACAGGGAGCACCUCAGAUUUCCAUCAAGUAUCAUCUAUUGUAUGUGGAAGUUCCCAAGGGUCCACCCUCAACCACCAUUGCAGCAUCGUCCAAUAGAGCAGAAGCCAGUGAGAGCGUUAAUGUUGUCUGCACGGUCCUUGGGGAGCCAGAUGUGGACGUGAACUUCAGCUGGCAGUACCCAGGGCAAGAGUCUGAGAGGCCUGUGAUUAUCCAAAACUUCUGGAGAUUGAUCAACAGAGGAACUGGCCAUACCACAAGAAUCUCAAAGAGUAUUAUUGUUAUUGAAGAUUUUGAAGCAAGAGAUGCUGGGAACUACAUUUGUAUAGCUCAGAACCUACAAGGAGAAACAACAGUAGCUACUAAAGUUGAACUGAACUGACAGGAAUGACUUCUGGAUGGGGACUGAACUGCUAUACGUUG